GAAACGCACACCGAGGCCGCCACCUGCACUACGCUUUCCUCAACAAGCUUUGCAUCUGAAGAGACAACGCUAUGGCCAUGGUGAAGAUGUGCUCCUUCCUGGCUGUCUAUGCUUUGGUGGUGUGUCUGAUGGACAGCUCCCGGGCAGUCCCGCUAAGACCUGGCUUGGAGCCUGUCACAGACCGAGGGAGCCUCGGCGACUACGAAGCCCGGCGGUUGUUAAGCGCUCUGGUGAAGGAAUACCUGGGGGAAGAGCUGGAGCGGGCGAGCGAAGGGAACAGUGUGACAACUCAGAAGAGGGCAUGCAACACAGCCACCUGUGUGACCCAUCGUUUGGCAGACUUCCUGAGUAGGUCAGGAGGAGUGGGCAAGAACAACUUUGUACCCACCAAUGUUGGCUCAAAAGGUUUUGGCAGGCGAAGAAGAAAUGUUCAAAUGUAAUCUGCUGAAUGACCCCCUGGAAUAUGAUUGCCAUGAAACUGAGCAGCAAACGCCUUUUAAUUUCUCUUGAAAGCAACUUUCUUCCAUAAAUCAAGAUGGCCGAAUAAAAGACUCAUUUUUGCAUCCUUCUAAUAUUGAAGAAAUGUUUUUGUUUUGAAAUUAAAUUGAAGCACUUCUGUUAUAUAUAUAUGAGAUAUAUAUAUAUAUCUCAAGAUAAUUAUUCAAAUUAAAUUAUUGUAUAUCCUUUUUAUAUGCAGUUCUAUUUCAAAUAAAAUGUGACAGCAUCUAUUUAUUUACUUAUUUAUCUUCUAGCAUAUCUGUGAAAUAUGACCCAUGCUAUUUAUCUUGGCAAUACUGCCAAAUCUCGGGGAUUACACUAAAUUGCUGCCUAUCAAGGUAUAUCUGUAAGAUAUGGUGUGCUGUGCCUUGAUGUAAAACAGUUA